UCAGGGGGCCCAGGGACAUAUAACAGCGGAGGAAGAAGAAAGGGUAAGAGAAAGAGCGAGAAGGAGAGGCAUGCAAAACACUGAGAACAUGUCAGUGGAACAGAUACUUCAGGCAGAAGAGGACCAAAGAGAGGGUUCACCAGACACAGAAGGCGAAGCUUCAUCAGAAGAGGAKGAGGAAGAGGAGGAGGAUGAACAGGAAGACGCUGAUGUGGAGGAUUGGRCAAGGGAACGGUGGGUAAAAGAGGUGGAGCAACUGGAAUGGGGGAGGACGAUUGAGUGUGAAAUCAGGCUGGCCCACUACAAACACCUAAGGAACCUACAACAARCCACUCAAGCAGGGGAAGACAUUACGUCAGAGAACAGGUUUGAACUGCUAAGGAGGGAGGGAGAAGUCAAUGAGUUCUAYGCAUCUCAGUAUGCAAGAAAGUCCCGUACAGUAAGGAACGAUAUACACAUACAGCAGGAGGAAUAUGAGAGGAUAUYKCAAUGGCCAAAGUCCUAUCAUAACAAGGAAAGGAAGAGGGACARCAAGAAACRAAAGGCUCAGGYGGUAGAGGACCAAAGCAGUACAGUGGAGGGAAGAAAUGRCCCAAUGGAGGGAGCUGCAAUGGRAGAAGAACAAGGGAMGGGAGAGAGUGAAGAGGAAGAGAUCCAAGAUUUGAGAAGGCAAGCCGCGAUUUUGGUUGUGCAGGUGAAYCUGCUCAAGGACGAGAACAGGGAAUUGGAGGACGACACAGUGAAUGUACAAAAAAUAGCGACAGGACAGUGGAAAGAGAUUGAAGCCGCGGCCAGACUGRAAUCCAAAAACGGGAGGAGGAGAARAGUAGUCCUUCCAUGUCGAUGGAAUGCAAGUCACUCGGACUGGGAAGUGGCAAUCUACCAAUCCUUACAGAUGAUAACAACCCCGACUGAGGAGUGCUCUGGCUCGGAGCUUCAGAAACUAAUAGGGGGAGAGGUGCCUGCUCGUGCAUUCAUACUGAGGGAGGGAGGAGUGGAGCCGAUGGCACUAGGAGAGGAAGGAGAGGAGGGGAUAAUGACAGAUUUCGGUCCACUGCUGCUCCAAAUGGGGACCGAUGCUGAGCUAAGAGAGGGUUUGAUGUGGAUGCUUUGGCAAGUGGUGGAAACCAUUCCCUAUGGGUUGAUUGGGGGGGAACUAGGWGCGGAAUGGGUUGCAAGGUGCACAGCGGUAGYGACAAAAGUGGAGGCGUUUGCUUGGAAGCCAGACUUCUUCGAGAAGAGGGUAAGUAGGGUGGCAACAACCAUAGAGCUCACUGCACAAGACACUUAAACAAGGAAAGACGGAGGGUGAGUCUACAUUCUAACGAACGGACCCAAUGGAGAGAGGAGAGUUAAAAAGACCAAGAAAGCAGAGAAGAAGGUUUGAGGGGGGUAAGGGUCUUCCGAAACUCAAAAUUACAUCUUGGAAUGUGAAUGGCCUAGUUGGGAUUCUAGAGAAUGGAGUCAAGUGGCAAAACGUAGUAAAUUACUCAGAAUGUU